GCGUUGACCGCAUCACAUAGCCAACUCGACCGGUCCGAACGUGCUACGAUAAACACGCGGUCGGUUACCGUGGUAACGGUCUCCGUUGCUGAUUUCUCGCGUUGCAGGUAAAUGUGACGUUGACGUGUGUGUGACAGCGGCGAACUCACAGCGGCUGUGUUUUGUUUGUGUUUAUUACCAUGGAUACGUGAACGUUGGGAUCAGCUGAGGACGGGAUAUAUAAGGAUUUAUGAUGGACGAGGUGCCACCCUCGACCUCAACAAAUAUUCUGAACACGACGGAUCAAGGAGGUGGCGAAUUAUGGAACGAUAUCCUAGAUGACGACUCACCUCUUCCCCUCGAUGCAAGCGAGGGGGGAUUUUUCUCAGGAAACUUUGUGCCACCACCACCUAGACCUCUUUUUUUAGACGACUCUGCCACUCCAGAUGGUCUUACUACCUGUGAUUUAUGCACGUGGUCGUUUCAACAUCAAGGGAGAGGAUAUAGUGUAGAUACAUCUAGAGAAACUCCAGAACUUGGUUGGGUCCUAACAUUAGUGAUAGUAUCUUUGAUAUCAGCUUUAAUAGGAGCUAUAGUAAUGAUAAUAGUUCUGCAUUGUAAGCGGUUAAAAACAACUGCAGUAGAUGAAUCAGAACGAGGUGUGGCACUAAAUCAAAGGGUAGUCGCCCAGCGGCCGCCAAUCAGCAUCCCCGACGAUAAGGAAAUAAGUACUAUUACACCACCGACUUUUCCGAACCUUCCGAACAUCCAAAAUGCGAAUAAUGGGGUGUGGUCAUGGCUCUCUAGAAGAAAUGUGAGUUCUCCUUCUCCAUUAAACACGCCACCAACUUUACCAGCAGAAAAUCAUUAUACACAUAUGGAAGAUGGAUACAAUAGCGUAGGUGAAGGUCUUUACGCGGAGCUUGAUAGAGAAAGCGAAUCUGAAGACAAUGAUCGUGAUAGCAACAGUCCAGCCUACCAGAACUCUGCUUAUACGGAUCCCGAUGCUCCCAUUUCCAGCGCCCCAAGCAGUGCCUACUACUCGGACCUCUCCACGACUACAGUGCCAGAACGAGCCUACGAAAUAGUUGGCUUAGUAACCAUGCCACCAUGGGACCCCAGUCCCGGUUCUUGCGAACUCAGAAGACCAGUGCAAAGGCUAGCUGCUAUUAGUGAAAGUAGUAACAGUGUACCAUCGGACUAUGUUUGACAAGUACUAAAAUUACGUUUAGAAAAAUUCAGUACAAAGUAUGUGACAGAUGUUGAAUGUUAUUAUAAAUAUAUUAUUUUAAACAAUGUAGGGCGCAACUAGUAACUGUGAUGACAGAAAAUGUUUAUCUUUGUACAAAGUAAGUAAACCAGAUAUAUUUUUGUAACUCUUUAAUUAGAUUUAUUUUAUUUUUACUGUGUGAUAAAAUCGGAAAUGUUUAAAGUAUAAAAUCAAAUUUAAUAGACGGGAAAAAUAUUCGAAGAUAUUAUGAAAUUACCUUAUUUUAAAAUGAUUGUUUCAGUUUGUAUAUAAAUGUUUGAGAUAAAACUAAAGCUUAAAACUAAGAUUGUUAUAUUAAUUUCAAACCUUGUAUUUUUUCAGUUAAUUCUAAAGAUCAUUUUUAUAUACAGGGUGGGCCAAUGAAAACAGUCCAUCUCAAUAAUUGGCGGUAUUUAUUAGAUUUUAAGGAAAUGAGGAAACAUGUCGAAACAACCCCUUGUUUUUAAAUAGGGAAUAUACCAUGUGCGGUACAUCAUUAGGAAGGCAUUUACAUGGAGUAUUCAGACAUAAGUAUUCAGACAUAACGAUUGUCCACGAUUUUUUUUCUAUAUUUGCACCGUAUAUUGCAAAAAAAGUCAUAAUUAAUUUUAAGUGCAACACCUCUUAAAAAUGAAACGUAACGCCUAUGGUUUGCUAAUAUGUCAUUUUUUUCUGUCAUGGGCACCAUUUUAAACAUAUAAUUAAUUAAUUCGAUAGGUAUUAAAGAUGAAGUUUUCAAUUCUAAUAGCAACAUUAAUAAUAUUUAAAAAUAUUAAAAUAUUACUAAAAGAUUUUUAAAUUGAAAACUUAUUGUUCCAUUUCCUUGGUAACACCUCCAUGGCUUCUAAAAUUUGCAAGCCAGAUGGAUGCUGAAGCGAAGAAGACAAGAGGGAAUUCAAAAAACGUACAAUUCACGACCCCGUCUGUUCAGCUGGUAAAUUCCAACAGAAAAUGGACCUAGUUACUCAAAAAAGUAUCGACCAAUAUAAAAAUAAAAUAAAAAUUCCAUUUUUACUCAGUUGCAAUGCGAAGGCAAAACAAUCUUAUUUUUCACUUAGAAUAUUCUAAGCGAAAUUUUCCGUAGAAUAUUCCGUAUUCUAAGUGAAAAAUAAGAUUGUUUUGCCUUCGCAUUGCAACUGAAUAAAAAUGGAAUUUUUAUUUUAUUUUUCGAUAGGUAUUAAUUUAAGUAAAUUGCUUAACGUAUCAUAACUUCUAAUUUCUUUAAUUUUCGUUACAUUUCAAUAAUUCUUGCUUUUGCAGUAUUUGUUUUAAUUCAAAAUCCACAAGGAAAAGCAAAUGUUUUCCUAUAGUUGGCUGUAUACCAUCAAUCACAAAAAUUGGAAAAAGUCCUUUGUAAAAGGUAUAAAAUUUUAUUAAAAUCCCUUUAAAGAGCUACACAACAAAACGUUUUCGAUUUUUUAUAAAAAAUCAUCAUCAGUGUUAGAUAAACUAUCAGCGAUAACUACCCUGAGCCACCAAAGAAAAAUAUCCGGGUAAAAAAACUUUAAAUAUAACAUAGAUGCGUUAAAAGUGCAUACUUCAAUAAAAUGCCUUAUGAUGGUCACAUGGCAACUAGGAUAAUGCCCUAAGGUAAUGUAUGGAAAUUUCCCAACACGUGGGAUCCAAAUUGAGUUGUUUACAUUCCAAUGACUUAAUGGCAACUCAGCCCUUUAAAGGGAUUUUAAUAAAAUUUUAUACCUUUUACAAAGGAUUUUUUUCAAUUUUUGUUUUAACUUUUCACUUUUGAUGUGUAGAAAAAUGACAUAUUAGCAAACCAUAGUUGUUACGUUUCAUUUUUAAGUGUUGUACUUUAAAUUAAUUAAUUCUUUUUAGCAAAUACGGUGCAAAUAUCGAAAAAAAAAUCGUGGACAAUCGUUAUGUCUGAAUACUCAAUGUGCCGCACAUGGUGUAUUCUCUAUUUAAAAACAAGGGGUUGGAGAAGUGAAAGAGAGGGGAUUGACAAAUGACAGAUGUGUGUAUCGUAAAAAUGGGUAACCCUUGGAAUAAAAAUCGAUGUUUUCUCAUUCCCUUAAAAUCUAAUAAAUACUGCCAAAAAUAUCGGGGUGGACUGUUUUAAUUGGUACACCCUGUAUAUUUACGAUAUCACUUGCUUCAGAGCAUUACAUAAUUUUAUCACAUAUUGUAUAUUAUUCUAAGAGAUAUUUUAAACACUUUUGUGGUAUGCAGAUACUAAUUAUUUAAUAAAUAAAAAAAAAUUUACUUUCAAUUUAUUAAACUAUGUAAUGCUGUAAAUUCUCUAAAAAGUCUCCGAAAUAUUAUUUAAAAACCUUUAUGGAAAGAACACAUAACUUUUUAGUAAUAAAUUCUUCAUUGUCGACGUUUCAACUUCGUAAUUGGUCGUUGUCAAAAUGACAUUUUAAAAUAAACUAUUUUAGUAGCAAACCAAAAGAGUUAAUUUUAAAAUGCUGGAAAAAACAAAUAUUUCCAUCUUUUGACUUAAUCUUUCCUGUUGUAUUAUCAGUGUAUUUUAGCCGCACGUCUGAGUCUACUUUAUUCACUCACAGUUUCUUUUAAAGGUAGUUUAUUUCUGUCGUCGUAAUCAUGUUAACAGAUAAAUAUCUCUAGUUAAUAAUUGUUUCAUUAUAAAUCAUCUAACGAAGAAAAAAUUAUCAGCCAUUUUGAUUGUUUUCACCUAUUUUACAAAAAAUUUUCUUUCUUCCCUUCCUAAUACCUUUUCAGGUGUUGGAUUUGGAUUUAGUUUAGCUACAUAUUCAUCCAUGUCCCCCAAUCUUUUCUAUCUUGUGCUAUUAUUUUCAUUUGUUCAAGCGUUUUCUGUUUAAUCUUUCUCGCAUCAACUAUUUGAUGUUUCCAUUUUUCUGUUUCUGUUUUGUGAUAUUUCUUGUUUUGUGAAUUUUUCUCGUUAGUCUACUGAGUUUCAUUCUCAUCGGAUGUCCAUACCAGUUCCAUUGUCUCGUUAUUAUUUUGUUCAUUAUUGAUUAAUGUUUGGUUAUCCCUCUUAUUGCCUCAUUUCUUAUUCUAUCCUAUUUGGUCUUUCCAGCUGUAGCUAGUAGAUGUCUCAUCUCCAUUGCGUUUAUCCUACUAUAUAUUAUGCUUUUUAUACAGUGUGUCCCGAAAAGAAUGGUCAUAAAUUAUACCACACAUUCUGAGAUCAAAAAUAGUUCGACUGAACCUAACUUACUUAGUACAAAUAUGCUCAUAAAAAAAGUUACAGCCCUUUGAAGUUACAAAAUGAAAAUCGAUUUUUUUCAAUAUACCGAAAACUAUUAGAGAUUUUUUAUUGAAAAUGGACAUGUAUCAUUCUUAUCAUAGGAACAUCUUAAAACAAAAUUAUAGUGAAAUUUGUGCAUCCCAUAAAAAUUUUAUGGGGGUUUUGUUCUCUUAAACCCCCCCAAACUUUUGUGUACGUUCAAAUUAAUUCAUUAUUGUGGUACCAUUAGUUAAACACAACGUUUCUAAAACUUUUUUGCCUCUUAGUAUUUUUUCGAUAAGCCAGUUUUUAUCGAGAUGCGGCUUCUCUUUUAAUAUAUUGACAUAAAAAUUUUAUGGGGGUUUUGUUCCUUUAAACCCCCCAAAUGAUUGUGUACGUUCCAAUUAAACUAUUAUUGUGGUACUAUUGGUUAAACACAAUGUUUUUAAAACUUUUUUGCCUCUUAGUCUUUUUUUGAUAAGUCACCUUUUAUCGAGAUGUGGCUUCUUUUUCAAAAUAUACCUAAAAAUGUAAAUUACAAAUAAAUUUUCAGAUUAUUAACAGGUCUCUAUAAUCUUACUUAACCAUAUACAAAUAUGUGGUGGAUUCGACAAAUAUUCAAAAUAUCUCGAUAAACACUGGCUUAUAGAAAAAGUACUAAGAGGUAAAAAAGUUUUAAAAACAUUGUGUUUAACUAAUGGUGCCACAAUAAUAAUUUAAUUGGAACGUACACAAAAGUUUGGGGGGGUUUAAGGGAACAUAACCCUCAUAAAAUUUUUAUGCGGUGCACAAAUUUCACUUUAAUUUUUUUUUAAGAUGUUGCUGCCAUUAGAAUGUCGCAUGUCCAUUUUCAAUAAAAAAUCUCUAAGAGUUUUCGAUAUAUGAAAAAAAAUCGAUUUUCAUUUUGUAACUUCAAAGGGCUGUAACUUUUUUUGUGUGCAUUAUUGUAUAUAGGUAAGUGAGGUUCAAUCAAUUUAUUUUUGACCCCAGAAUCUGUGGUAUAAUUUAUGAUCAAUCUUUUCGGGACACCCUGUAUAUAUUAUAUUGCUUUCCUCUUUGUUACUUCGAGGUAUAUUUUUCCAUCAUUGGUAAUUAUACUUUCAAGAUAAUCAUAUGCGGCAGGUAACUAUUUCCAGUUGUGUAUUUUUGCUUUGCAUUUUAUAUUUAUUUCAUUUUCUUCCUUUUCGCCGAUGUCCAUUAUUUUACUUUUCUCGAUGUUUAUUUCCAUUUUCAAUUUCUCUAUUUCAUCUGUCCAUAUGUUAUAAGUGUUUGCAUUUUUGUCACGGAGUCUGCUAUAAGGACUAUGUCAACCGCAUACAAAAAGGCUUCUAUUUUUACUGGCUAUAAUAUUAUUGUCCGUAUUUGGUUGGUUCUUUCUCCAGUAGUUCUAGUCAACUCGUUCAUGAUUAUUAUAAAUAGUAGCGGGCUAAGACUGUCUCCUUAUUUGAUACCUCUUUUCCAAUUGAAUUCGUCAGAUCUUUCUCCUGCUAUCUGUUCACGUCCUUUUACUACUCUGUAUAUACUUUUAAUUAUUUUUAUCAGUAUAAUUCUUAGGUACAUUUAUGUUCUGCAAGCAUUGCCAUAUAAUUUUUCUUUCUAUAGAGUCGAAUGCUGCUCUUAGAUCUAUGAAUGCCAGAUGGAGCUUUCUCCCCGAGUCGAUACUUCUUUCUAUUGUAUUUCUAAUUAUGUAAAUGUUAUCGUUUGUCUGUCUUUCUGGUCUAAACGCUGCUUGUUCUUCUCCCAGCUCUUAGCUCUUUUUCUACCUCUUGUCUUGGCAUCUUCUCUACUAUUUUCGUGUAUAUUUUAAAACAUACCGACGAUACAUAUUGCUCUAUAAUUUUCUCAGUUGGCGUGUUCUCCCUUUUUGUAUAUUGGCACUAUAAGGUUACUUUGCCAAUAUUUUAGGAUUUGUUGCUUUUCCCAUGCCUCUUUGUAUAUUUUCCAUAACAAGUUUAUCCCUUCUUCUCCCAUGUACUUCACCAUUUCCGGGUAUAUGUCAUCAUCCCCUCAUUGUACAAAAUUAAAAUGUGAAAACCUUUAAUUAUCAUGUACCUACGUAUGUCCAUCCGUAAACAUAACUCCUCCGUUAUGAGAACAGAUACCUAUAAUGACAAAUGAAGUGAUUGAUGGUCUAGAGCAGGGGUCACCAAUUAGCGGACCGCGGUCCGCAUCCGGACCGUGAGCUAGUUUUGUGUGGACCGUCAAUAAAUUCAGAAUAUACCUAGUGUUUGGCAAUUUUGAAAAUGUUUGGCCAUGAAAUUUUGUACCUACUAUGUUUGGCUCAACUUAUGUGUGCGAAGCCGCUUUAUCAAGAAUGAACUUUAUUAAAAAUCGGUAAAUAUCUCACUUAACAGAUGAAUAUCUCAACUCCCUAAUGAGACUCAGUUGUGCUAAACUCACUUCAAACUUCAGACAGGUGGUAUAUAAAAAAAUUUCAUUGUUCUCUCUGAUAAUUUAAUUUUUUAAAGAGUUUUCCCCCUUAUUGUUAUACUUACUAAUCAUUAAUUUUGAAAUUAAGUAAGCUGUAAUAUAAAAUUGUCAUGUGCAUUUUUUUUAUAUUCAUUUCCUCUUUACUAUAUUAUGUUAAGUAGUAGUACUUUUCAGAUGUGUAUUUAAUUAAAAUAAUUUUCAGAUUUAAUAAGUUUGCAACAAACACCUUGCAUUGAAACUAAUGUAGAAAAGAUAACAUGUUAAUUAGCAUUUAGUACUAUGAUUAUUUAUUUUAAAUUCCUCAGUUUCCUUUCUACAACAUUGAAGAUGUCUAAAAACUUCAUUAGCAUUCAAAAUAUAAAUUCCUAUUUUUAAAAUAUUCUCAGUAACAAUUUACAAUACCAUGAUUUUAUGUUUUUAAAAACCCAUACCAUGUUGUGCCAAAAAAACUAUGUUCCCGAUUUGCUAAUUUCAAUAGAGCCAUUAUCGUUCUGUUAGGGCAUUAAGUUAAUCAUAAUGAUGUUUAUUGUCACAUUUGCUUAUGAUAGCCAGUUUAUUUGUUGUUGUUUAUUUGGGUUUAGAUGACCGAAGACACUAAAUCCAUUCGCCAAUUUUACUAUUUUUUAUUUUAUUAUAUUCAAAAUAUACUGAUAAUUACAUCAAAACAAUACACAAUGAAUUUAUAUUUUAUUUAUUGUACCAGGAAAACUUACAGAAAAGUAUACAGUAACCAAUUAACAAUCAGAUAUUAUUAGCUUUCCUUUCUAUAUUAGUCCAUGUAUGAGGCCACUUUCGUCUGAAAAAUGUUUCUGACUCGAUUUCUUUGCGGAUUCCUGUUCAAAAAUCACCCCUUCAAACAAAUCAGAAGGGUGCCGGUUGAAUCAAUUUUUUAAGCAAAUUCAAAAUUACUUUUUUGCCUCGAAAAAUGUAUUUUUAGGUUUCUUGGGUAAUUAUAAACAAUAAAGGAAUCUUGUAAUAUUUUUGAAAAGCUGAUAGUUUUCGAGUUAUAAGCGAUUUAAAAUCUGAAAAAUGCGAAAACAUUCAUUUGCGAUGCUUAAAAAAGUUUUAAUAAAAUGACAAUCUUUUUUAUUUAAGAUGACCCAAAAAUGCUAAAAACAUAUUUUCGCGGGUAAAAAAGGUGAUGUUUUGAAUUUGUUAAAAAAUAUAUUAAACAAUUUCUGCCCAAAAAACUUCCGCCGGCACCCUUCUGAUUUGUUUAUAGGGGAUAUUUUUUAACAAGAAUCCACAAAGAAACCGAAUCAGAACAGUCAGACACAGGCAGCAUAAAUCCGGACCCCGGAAGUGUCAUAGGUUUUCGAAACGGACCCCCAGGGAAACUAAUUGGUGACCCCUGGUCUAGAGAAAUUAGACAUGUACUUUCGGUUCCAGCUGGUUUAAGUUUCAUGUCAGCUAAUAUAUUUUUUUGUUUCAACAAUUUUUAUUUUUAAUUUUGGACCUUGUUCCAAAUAUUUCCAUAUUUUCCCUCCCUGUGUAUCCGCUACAGCUUUAGAUCACGUUAGGUGAAAACCUAGGACUUACGAAGUCUAAUAAUUUCUUGUUUUAGUUCAUACGCCAUACAACAAAUAUUAAAUACAAAGAUAAUACCUGAGAUUCUAUAAACAAUUAAAAAACGAAAAAUUAUCGUUCCUUAACUAUCAUAAUCUUCUUAUUGAUAAUUGUUGCCUUGGAAAACGAUGUUUUGUUAUUUUCAGCGGUAUGUGUUCCAUUCUUCUUCUUCUUCUUCUUCUUCUCGAUGUGUCUAUCCGUGACGAAUGUUGGUGAUCAUUAUUCCUUUACUUAUCAAAAUAAUUUAAAAAAUGUACAAUCGGAAUAAUAAAAUCAAGGAUUAUUUAAAUGCUUAUUAAAAUAACGACAAUUUGAGAAUACUCAAAUUUUAAUGAAAAUAACUAUCUCGAAAUUUGGAAUACAAUCUACGACGUUUUAUAUUUUUGUGCCAUGCACCUUAUAUUUAUGAGAAUAAAGGUUUCUGCAUACUCUUAUCGACAUCAUCUUGCCAAUGUAUGUGUACUUAUAAUUGUAGAAUUGAUUUAUAUAAGUAAAUGUCUCGAAAAUGAUUAUUGUAGAUAUUGUAUAAACGUUUAAUUUAUAAACAAUGUAUUUAACAUUCCACUAGCAUAUAAUUAUUGUUAUAUAUGUGCAAUUCAAAAUGUCAAUAAUUUCAUUCACUAAACCUAAAUGAUAUCUAUGAAUUUUUCGACUUCGGCAAAGUUACUUUAUUUUAAUGAAUAGCCUUUUGCAAUUCUUUAAUAUUCUUUUAUCUCUUGCUUCUAUCUUGUCGGAUAACCACUAAAUAUUAAGAGACUUGAUAUGGUUUUAAUAUUUUUCUGUGAUUCUCAACCUACGUAGUCAAUUGCAAAUUUGUAUUAGAAUCAAACAUCAGUUUUAGUAGACGGUUUGGAAUCACAGGCUCUUAAUAUUAAAAGAGGAAUACGGCAGGGAUGCCUCUUGUCGCUCCUACUUUUCAGCGUUUACUACGAAAGAAUUUUCAGAAAUGCACUUUCUGAAAAUCAAAAAGGUAUAAUUGUGAACGGUAAAGUCAUCACUAAUUUGCGGUAUUUGGACGGCACAGUACUCAAGAAGAUCUAUUUAGGGUGGCAGUGAAUAAAAUUAAGAUAGCUAUGAUGGUAACCAACAUUCUCAAAGGACAUGGUACAUGAAGAAGAAGAAGUUAAUUAAACGGAAAUAUCUUAAGUACCAAUAAAAUAGGAACCAAGUGAAAUACCGAAUAUAAAUUAUUUACCGAAGACUAUGGUAUUACAAAUAGCAUAGAGGAACAUUACAAAUUGUCAGAUAAUAUCAAAUAAACUACUAAGUAGGCUAAGAUGGAUUCAAAUUUAUCAAAAUAGAAAGGACUAAGCGAAAGAAGGGAAGCCAUCUAUAGAUGUUGCCAACUUUCGAGCAAAUAUGUAAUAUAGCAAGUAUGAUUUGUAACUGUGUUUUAAACUUAGUAUUUUUUGGCCUCAAUUGGAACGUUAUAAAAAUCGCAUAAAAUGAAAUAUUCCAUAGUUUUUUAAUUAAUAUUAUUUGGUGAAUUAAUGUACAAAAUGUAGAAGCUUAGGCUUUGCUGUAAAUACUUAGUUACGAGGCGAUUUAAAACUUUAACAUCCCCUCUGUGGCUCAGUGGUAAAAAGAGCCUACCUUUGGGUCCAAGGUUUAUGAGGAACCCAGCUGGGUAGGAAAUUUUUCUUUAUUAAAAAUUAAUAUAUAAAAAUAAUAAGGAACUUGCAUAAAAUUUUAAAUUCGAAAAAAAUGUUAUAAAUCACAACAGAACAUAAUUUAAAACAUGUAUCAAAGAUAAAAAAGUUUUUUUGGCUUUCGUUUGGCUCCUAACGACGAUAAAAAAUUCAAAUUAUACCAGCUAGCCCAAAACGCGUCGUGACGUCAUCCGGUUAUAUGUUUACAUUCUGCACCAACAAAGUAAACAAAAUUGUAUAUAAUUUUAAAUUAGACAUUAUAAACGUCAGUAGAAAAUACAGUUAUGUGACGUCACAAGUGUUUUUGAUCGUUUGAACUAUUCAUAGAAAACUUGUAUUUUUUCAAAAACUGUAUCAAACUCCAAUCUCAACAAACUGGUAUAUUAUUACAAUGACAUACGAUAAAUGUCAUUAGAAUAUAAAUAUUUUCCCCUUAUUCCGCGACGAUGAGCUGGCCAAAUACCCAAGUAGGUGGAGACCAAUAAACUAAAGAAGGAGAAGAAGAAUAUACCUAAAUAUAACAAUAAUCAUAACUGUAUAAUAAAACUAUGUGACGUCACGGGUCGUUUGAACUAUUUUAUACUGCAGAAAACUUUAAAUUUGUAUUUCUAAGUUAUUACAAGUUUUUGAAGCGUGAAAUUUUGCAAAUUUCAUUUUUAAACAAAACUGAACAUUAUUAUGUAAUAAAAAAAUGUGCAAGUUCCCUAUUGUUAUCCUCGUGGGAUCGGUACUCACAGGAGAGACCGCCGACGUUCGAAUACAAUUAGCGUCUCUUUGUAAAGACAAUGAAGUAGACUUUACUAAGUAACAAGACAUUUACUCAACACACAUUACACUAUGAGUGCGAAAUCAGCUGUACCAUGCCAAUGGCCUUAGUUGUUGGGUAUUAAGCUAAAGGUGUACCACUUGCCGACACGAUAUACAUAUGUAGUUUGAAAAUGUAAUAUUAUUUAUGUUUAGUGAAAAUUAAUAUUAGUUUCUGUAAAUUUUAAUAUUGAAAACUGCAAUAUUCACAUAAUUUGUAAUAAAAAUAAUUCAAAAUAAACCUACAACCCUGUAUUUUUAGAACCGCCUAAGGUGGACAUUUUUUAUCCUAUUGUAAAUUUAAUAAUUUUAUGCAGAUGUUUAAAAUCCGUUUGUCUUUACAUUUUUUAAUUAUAUCAGUGAAGCAGCAGGAUUGUAGUAUGGUUUAAUCAAAUCUAAUAUUUUAAUAUAUGAAAAAUGUCAAUACUAUAACAAUAUUAUAGCUCGUCUAUGUAAUUACUAGACUUCUAGGUUUAUCGCAUAGUGUCUUCACUAUGCGAUAUGCUACCAUCAAUUUUUCUAAGGGUUUUCAUUUCUGCUAUUUCUAGCAUUGUCUCUGUUUCUCUGUGUCGGGUCUUAUUUCUGCUGCGUAUAUCGUUAUUAAUUUGAGGUCUGUUUUGUUAAUUCUAACUUCCAUUUCUUUCCCGAUAUUUGGUUCCUCAAUAUUGUUUUAUACUGGGAAAGGCCAGAUGGAAGAAGGUCUGUAGGACGGCUAGAAAAUGGUGGAAAGAUGCAGUCAAAGAUCUGGAGAAAAUGGAAGUGAGACAAUAAGAAUUAGUGGCACAGGAGCGGCAAACAUGGAAGGCAAUAGUAAACGCGGCAAAGACUCACAAAGAGUUGUAACGCCAUUGAUGAUGAUGAUGAAUAUUGUUUUAUUCAGGCAUCCUGGCGGCUCUGUUUGCUCUAUUUACUUGAUCUUCCACUUCUGUCUCGAGCUCCCGUAGAGUGCGCUACCCAGAUAUUUCAGUCCAGCGAAACAUACGUUGUAAAUCAUCUUCACUUUGAGAGAUUAGUAUUGCGUCGUAUCCGUAGCAGAUUUAUUUUAAGUUGUUUUCCUCCUAAAUUUUUUCGUUCUUUUUUUUAAAAAGGUAACUUAGUGUUCCAUACAAUUGCCUUCUUCUACUUGCAUGGUAAGAUUUUCUGAAUUCAUAAAAAUUAUAGGCGUUACUUUCUGAGCUUGAUAACUUUCAACUUGUAUCUCUCUUAAAGCAAAAAUUUGGUAGAUGACUCCCCUUCUCCUCCUAAAUUCAGAUUGUUGCCUUCUUAUUAUGUAUUCCUAUUUUGGUUAGUUUUUUUUGGUACACUUACAUACGUUACUUAUCUUUUAUUAUCCCCUUGUUCUUGUUUUAUCUCCUUUUUUGUCCAGGGGCAUAAUAAAGCUUCAUUCCAGUUUCUUGGCACGCGUUGUUGUGUCCAUAUCUCUUUUAUCAAACAGUGUAUAUUUUUUAUUAAUUGAUCAUUUCAUUAUUUCAGCCUUUCUGCAAUUACUUUUUCCUCACCUGUACUUUUGUUAGAUUUCGAGAUAAGUAAUAUUUUUACUCAAUAUCCCAAUGCUUAGUGUUUCUUCUGAUUUUGUUCUUUGUAUCCCUACUUUAAUAUGUCCAUUUCCUUGCUUAGAAGUUCUCUAAAAUAUUCUCUCCACGCCUCAUUGCCACUUUUUUCAUUCGCUAUAGGUUGUCCUUCUUUAUCUAUGACAAAUAGGUACCUAUUGUUUUGCUGUAUCCCCUUCUUUUCUCGUUAAUCUUUUGGUAGAAAUUUAUUAUUUCCUUUUUCCAUUUUCUGAAAUGUUCUUUUAUUUCAUCCAGUUGUUUUUCCUUCAUUUCCCUUUUUGUCUGUAUGGUUAUUUUCUCUAUUGAGUAUAUCUUUGUUUGUUUAUUUCUCCUUAAUUUGUAUAACCUCUAAACGUAACUUAUUUCUUAUAAUUCUUUUUCACAUUCCUCAUCGAACAAUUU